AAAGCCAUAACCUCUAUCCCCGCAAAGCUAACUUGACAAACACGCCCUCCCCCCCCUCUCUCUGCAAUUUCUAGGGUUUGCUUGAUUUCAAUUCCCAAGGUUCGAUAAAAAAUUGAGAGAAAUGGUACUAUCACAGAAGAUUCACGAAGCAUUCAAAGGAACAGUAGAGAGAAUCACAGGUCCACGCACUGUUUCUGCCUUCAAAGAGAAAGGCGUUCUUAGUGUCAGCGAAUUCAUUCUCGCUGGUGACAAUCUUGUCUCUAAAUGCCCCACUUGGUCCUGGGAAUCUGGAGAGCCGAGCAAGAGGAAGUCAUACUUACCUGCAGAGAAACAGUUUUUGAUCACUCGAAACGUUCCUUGUCUACGAAGAGCUGCAUCUGUAGAAGAAGAGUAUGAAGCGGCUGGAGGUGAAGUUCUACUUGAUAACGAAGAUAAUGAUGGAUGGCUGGCAACUCACGGGAAACCUAAAGAAACCAAAGGUGAUGAGGAUGAGAAUGUGCCUUCAAUGGAGGCUCUAGAAAUCAGUGCAAAAAAAAGUCUUAUCCAAACAAACCAUUCAUACUUUGGGGGAGAGGAGGAGGAAGAUAUUCCUGACAUGGCAGAUUUUGAAGACCCUGACAAUCUAAUUGAAUCAGAUCCUGCAACACUUCAGACUACAUACCUCGUGGCUCAUGAGCCCGAUGAUGAUAACAUUCUGCGCACUCGAACAUAUGAUGUCAGCAUCACGUAUGAUAAAUAUUAUCAAACUCCUCGUGUAUGGCUUACUGGAUAUGAUGAGUCAAGGAUGCUUUUGCAACCAGAGCUUGUACUUGAAGAUGUUAGCCAAGACCAUGCACGCAAAACGGUAACUAUUGAAGACCAUCCCCACUUACCUGGGAAGCAUGCAUCAGUGCAUCCUUGCCGACAUGGGGCUGUCAUGAAGAAAAUUAUUGAUGUUUUAAUGUCACGUGGAGUUGAGCCAGAAGUUGACAAGUACCUUUUCUUAUUUUUGAAAUUUGUAGCCUCUGUAAUUCCAACUAUUGAAUAUGAUUACACCAUGGAUUUUGAUCUCGGUAGCUCAAGCAGCUGAUGUGAGGCUGAACCUCCAGUAAAUUCAAGAAAUAUCUUCUGGGGUGUUUGCAAACAAUGCCCUGUACCCCUUCCACAACACUCGUUACUGCACAUAAAUCCUAUAAACAAUCCACUCAUAUGCCUUGUAUGAUCGGGCAUAACUGUGAAUCCUUUGUGAUCUUAUGGACAUAUAGUUGUUUAUUAUACAGUGUAAAUGCACAGAUUAACUUUAUUAGGAUCGUUUAACGUCAAACACCAUGUUCAAUAAGCCUAGGUGUGGUAACUUGCUCAUUGCAGGCAUGAAUAUGAUCUUGUUUCAGUGGGAAAAAAUUGAAUCUUAUUGUCAA